UUCAGACAACCGCACCGUGAGAAUGUCAGAUAUCCAACAGUACCUGUUGGACUAUGACAGGAACAAGCGGGACGCUUCGGCUGUUGCCCAGCAGUCGGCGACGCGGUUGCAGAAUGGCGACUUGAAGCUGCUGGCACUGGUGGAAGAGCUGGGAGAGUACUUCAACGGCGAGGAUGGCGCUACCAGAUCCAAGACGAUGUCGUACUUGGCCGAGGUGCUAUCUCUCGUGCCACAGAGGGCGCUGUCUCUCCAGCAGAGGAACCUCCUUUGUGACUUCAUCCUGUCCCGCUUCGAAGAUGUUGAAGGCUUGGGCUCAUGCGCCAAAGGCUUGAUAGCCCUCGAGGAGCGUGGUAAGUGGGACAAUGAGAGGGUCAGGGCCAUUAUGGAGACGCUCCUCUAUCACACCCACCCCCUCCGCCAGUACAAACAACAGAGCGAACGAUACCCCGUGUUACGACUUAUAGACACAUUGAUGGCGAAAUAUAGAGAUGCAUUACGAACUUUACACGAUACCACUCCCGACUUCAUGCCUCGUUUCAUUUCAUACUUUGAUGGUGAGAAGGACCCGCGGAAUCUCAUGGUCGUCUUCUCGAUCCUGAGAGUACCUAUGACCGAGUGGACCAUCGGCGCAGAUGCCCAGGAACUCUUCGAUGCCGUGUUUAAUUACUUUCCAAUUACCUUUAGACCUCCACCAGACGACCCGUACGGCAUCACUGCCCAACACUUGAAGGACCGCCUCAGAGACUGUAUAGUUUCCACCCCUGACUUUGCCCCUUAUGCAUACCCGGCGCUUUUGGAUAAGCUAGAUUCCACUUCUAUGAACACAAAGCGAGAUGUGCUUCAAACCAUCACUUCUUCCGUUUCCGAGUACGGCCCUCGGACCGUGGGUCUGUAUUCAAUUACUUUAUGGGACGCACUCAAGUUUGAAGUGCUUAAUGUGCAGGAGGAGGACCUUGCGCAGGAGGCCCUCAUGGGCUUAGCAGCUAUUGCGAGAACGUUGUCGCAAGGGACGAGUGGGCCGCUGAAUGCGUACUUACGACCAAUCACGAAAGAGUGUAAUGAGCAUCUCGAGGAUGCUCCAACGAAACAGUCUCAGGCUUCGGCACGGAUUCUUCGUACGAUUGCUGGAGUAUCCCCUGAAGUCACUAACCUCAUUAUGGCCGGCGUUCUUCCGAACCUUUUCCUAUUGUUUCAGACUGCUGACACAAUGGCAAAAAAACGAGGACUACUGGAAGUAUUGGUCCAGCUUGUUCGAGCAGACAUUGAAGUGUAUGGCGACUGGCGAUCGGUUGGGUUGGCAAAAGAACAUGCACCGCCGAAUGCGCUGGCGCAGUUCCGUGAUCAGGCUGUAGAGGUCAUGGUAAAUGGUCUGUCCACAGCACCUGUCAAAGAGGUAUCAUUUCGGUUGGUUUGUCUGGACGGUUUACUUGAACUUUCCAAGGCACGACAAUUACUCAGUGACGACGACGUCGGCAAGAUCAUCCAGCUGUUCCAUGCCAUCGUCACCGACGAGGAGUCGUAUGGUAAAGAUGAAAUCAAGGAGGCUGCCAUGAACGGUCUCGGGGAGAUUGCACAUCAGAAACCACAAGUCGUGGUAGACAGGGCGUUCCCUGCCUUUAUGGCUCAACUCCCAGAUGCGGAUGUCAACAGCUCAAAAGGCUACGUACCGGUUCUCGAGGCCUUUGCGAAGCUCGCGAGCGAAGAGAAGAUUUUCGAUACCGUCAUCCUUCGACUGAAGAACAAAUUCAGCUCGGCGGUCAAGCAAAAUGCUUCUUCAGCCUAUAUUGUGGCUUUACUCUCAGCUAUGCUGUAUGCAUUAAAUCAAGGAGCGAGUAAGCUUGAGCAAAAUCACGAAUCAUUGCUUUACCAUCAAGACAUUGUUCUUCCUCUCCUGGCGCGGACUUCUAGCGUAGAUGCGUCGCACCCGGAGGCCUUCGAUGACGAAGCGACGCUCGAUUUGGUGGGAAGGAUAUGCAACAUCAUCGUUAGAUCGCAGCCACUGGAUCAGCAGAACAAGGUCUCCGCUGAACUCUACACCCUAUUCAGAGAGACUUCCCAAGCAGAGCUUCCACCCUUCAGUACUUCCACUUCUCCCGAGUACAACCGGACUAUGAUCGUGUCCACCCACUUACUCGCUUCAUUUCGAAAGGAGACGACACUGCCUUGCGAGGUCCAACUUCUCAUCUCAUCUCUGGCGAACUACUCUCAACAGCCUCUCCUUCCUCCCCAAGUUUGGUCCGCCUCCCUACGUCAAAUAUCACUCGUGAUGAACAAAUUCAUUGCAACACCAGCCCUAAAAACUUGUUUGGACCCCCUUCUCAAAGCUCCCAUUGAUAUUUUCGAUCCUCUAAGGCUGGACCCGCCGCGGAUACGCAUUAUCUUCGCGUGUCUCAAAGGCAUCCUACUCCGAAGCAGCCCGAUACUCUCAACUUUAUACCCUCAACUUCUCUCCUUCCUCUCACACCCUCAAUACGGAUUAGCCGUCGCACAUGGCUUUGCGACACUACUCCAACCAGAUGAUCUCCUCACCAAACAGAACCACUGCCAAAUCUCAGGAUUGCACAAGCAGAAGUCCUUCGCGCUGCUUGUGCCUAACAUUACCCAGUCCUUCCGCGACACAAGCCUAGAGACAAAACCAAACUACCUGAUUGCUCUAAGCGGGAUUCUAAAGUGGACGCCCUUCGACAUCGUGGUCGAAGAAGUCGGACAAUUAGUCCCGCUGCUUCUCCAAAGUCUAGACCUAAAGGGCGAGGGUCUUGUCAAAGAAGCCGCAAUCGGCACCCUUACAUCCAUUCUCCAAGAACGACCGAAACAGGUCGAAGAACAUGCCGGUAGCCUCAUCUCUCGGCUACUCAACACCUCGUCUUCCAUCCCGUCUGGCAAAGUGAUCCUAAGCUCAGAUGUGAGAAAGGAAAUUCCAGCGAAUUCCAUGAGAGUGAGAGCAACGGCGUUGAGGUGUCUUACGCUAGUGCCUGAGCAGCUGAGACAAGAGAUCGUGCUGCCGUAUCGGGGACAGGUGGUUAAGAAAUUGACGGCGGCACUGGAUGAUCGGAAGAGGGAGGUGAGAGGGCAGGCAGUUAAGUGUAGGGCGAAGUGGUUAGCGGUUGAUGAGGAUGGGGAUGAGGAUUGAGAUGGGAGUAAACUUGUGGUAUGGAUUGAUGGGUUGGUGAAUGCUGGGGUGUUUUAGUCUACACUGGGUAAUGGCUGCCUCAUGAAGGCCUUGGUGCGGGUUAGAUAGGUGGAUAACUUCCAAGUACCGUGGUAUGAUGGUUUAUGGCAUUUUUGCGGAUGUGUUUGGCGACUGGUUUACACCUUGAGAUUGUGGGGGAAACAGUAUUGGAUCUCAACAUGAGCAUUGGG